UCGGUAACAAACCAAACCAGAGUCUCGUUGGCAUUCGGUCGAACAAGUUGUGGGCGAUAUUCUGCUGAAGUUUUUCGCUGCUGUAAUAAUCUAAAGCGACGUCGUUUACUUAGCGACAACAAUACAUUACAAAAAAGAAACACGAAAUUGUUACCUAACCGCUCUUCAUCGUUUUGUACUCUCUCUCCCACAAAGAUUUUCAGAGCUCAUUCAGUCACUCAGAGAAUCGAAGAUUCAUCUGAAGCAGGGAUGACGAUGAUGAUGAGACGGAGUCGUAUUACCACCCUGAGAAUGGCUCGUCCCUGUUCACCUGAGACAGGCACUCUGAGAAAAGCUUUCUUUUGCGAACGAGGCUUUUCUGGUGGUGUCAGCAGUAGCAGCGAUAGGAAGAUGUCUUCUCGUUACAAAGAGAGAUUGAGAGGUGGUCUCGUCAAUAUCAAGAAAGAUGAUGCUGUUGAUCUGUUUCAAACCAUGAUUAUGUCUCGUCCUCUUCCUUCGGUCAUAGAUUUCAGUAAAUUGCUUAGUGGUAUUGCUAAAACAAAACAGUAUGAUCUCGUUUUAGCUCUCUGCAAGCAAAUGGAAUCUAAUGGGGUUGCUCAUGACAAGUACACGCUGAGUAUUGUCAUCAACUGCUUCUGCCGUCGCCGGAAACUCGGUUUUGCUUUUUCUGCUAUGGGAAAGAUUUUGAAACUUGGGUAUGAGCCCGACGCUAUCACAUUCUCUACUUUGAUUAACGGUUUAUGUCUCGAGGGCCGAGUUUCCCAAGCUGUGAAGUUAGUUGAUCGUAUGGUUGAAAUGAAGGUUGUUCCAAAUCUCAUCAUACUUAACACUCUUGUCAAUGGGCUUUGUCUCCAAGAUAGACUCUCUGAAGCAAUGGCUUUGAUAGAUCGAAUGAUGGCUAAUGGAUGUCAACCCGAUCAGUUUACCUAUGGUCCGGUUUUGAACAAAAUAUGUAAGUCAGGAAAUACUGCCUUGGCUUUGGAUCUGCAUAGAAAGAUGGAACAUAGAAAGGUCAAGCCUCACGUAGUCACUUACAACAUCAUCAUCGAUAGUCUUUGCAAAGAUGGGAGUCUCGAAGAUGCACUCGGCCUUUUCAACGAAAUGGAAACCAAAGGUAUCAAACCAAAUGUCAUUACCUACAACUCUCUCAUAGGAGGCUUCUGUUUUGCUGGAAGAUGGAAUGAAGGCGCACAGUUUCUUAGGGAUAUGAUCAGAAGGGACAUCACCCCGGACGUCGUCACUUUCAAUGCGUUGAUUGAUAGUUUUGUAAAAGACGGAAAGCUUAAGGAGGCUCAAGAAUUGUACAAUGAGAUGAUCACAAGAGGCUUAGAUCCUAAUACUAUUACAUAUAGUACUUUGAUAUAUGGGCUGUGCAAUGAAAAGCGCUUAGAUGAAGCCAACCAGAUGCUGGAUCUUAUGGUUAGCAAGGGAUGCGAUCCGAGUACCGUGACUUAUAGCAUCCUUAUAAACGGCUAUUGCAAGGCUAAACGGGUUGAUGAUGGCAUGAGACUAUUCCGCAAAAUGUCUAUCAGAGGAUUGAUUGCCAAUACAGUCACUUAUAGCACUCUCAUCCAAGGAUUUUGUCAUUCAGGAAAACUUAAUGUCGCCAAGGAACUCUUCCAGGAGAUGGUUUCUGAAGGUGUUCAUCCAAAUAUCAUGACUUACGGUAUUUUGAUGGAUGGGUUGUGUGACAACGGAGAACUAGAGGAAGCCCUGGAAAUACUUGACAAAAUGCACAAGUGUAAGAUUGGUCCUGGUAUUGGUAUCUAUAAUAUCAUCAUUCACGGUAUGUGCAAUGCUAGGAAGAUCGAUGAUGCUUGGGAUCUUUUCUGCAGCCUCCCUCUUAGAGGAGUGAAGCUUGAUGUCAAAACAUACAAUAUAAUGAUUAGGGGAUUAUGUAAGAAAGGCUCACUGUCUGAAGCGGAUGCAUUGUUUAGAAAAAUGAAGGAAGAUGGGUUUGAGCCAGAUAGUGGUACAUACAACACGCUAAUCCGAGCACGUCUCCGAGGUGGUGACCUAGCAACAUCAGCUAAACUUAUAGAAGAAAUGAAGAGUUGUGGGUUCUCUUCUGAUGCUUCCACCGUAAAGAUUGUUAUGAAAAUGCUAUCGAGUGGUGAAAUGAACAAAAGCUUCCUAAAUAUGCUUUCUAGUCCUUUUGGAGACAAAUCAUCAUCGUUGGAUUGAAAUAAAUCUUCUUGGAGGAAGAUAUCUAUUUGCUAAUACGUCUUCUUAGAAUGUUUGAAUCUUUUCUGCAAGAGACAGAGUCCCGGCUAGUCAUUUUAUGUGGUAUUUGGGCUUAAUAGUAUAACCUAAGUUUGUUUGCUUACUUAUAAGCAGAUCUUGAUGUCUUUGCCUUUUUAUAUCCUUUUCUUUCUUCUAUUUUGUCAUUGAUUCACUGUCAGUGUAUAACUUUUGAUAUUGUUCGGUUGAGCAUAUGUGUAUUGACCAAUGCUGAAACUUGAUGAGCAGUAACACUUUUGGCACUUGUUCUGUCAUCUUUAGUUGAGCAUAUGUGUAUUGACAUUUGAGAAAUGCUCAAGCUUGAUAAGCAGUACCACUUUUGGCACUUAUUCCGUCUUGAAGUUUCAGGUGAUGAGAGAUCUUCAAUGUGUUGCUAUGAUCUGUUCAGACAUCAAUUAAAACUAGUUUGAUUGUGCAGUCUCCAUGGUGAAUUAAUUAGCCCUGAAAGUCGAAGAUAAGUUAGAUGUGAACAGUUAGUUUGUCUUCUCUUCUCUUGUGAUUGAAUCUUGUUUUCUCUCUUAAAAGAUUUACCAAAAUGUGUAGCUGUGAACAGCUAGUUUAUUUUCUAUCGUGAUUGAAUGUUGUUUUCUCAGGUUUGCUAAAUGUGAUCGUCCAACGGGAGGCUGGAAGGAAAAAAGGGACGUGGUAUCACAAGUGUUCGUUUUGUGAAUAAGAGGGGAAAACAGCUUAAUUUGCUCUUUUUCUCGUUGUUUUUUUCUUUUCUUGUGAACUGUGAGGUUGUAGAUGGAUCAUUGUCACUCAUGAUGGAAGUAAUAACUGAUUUCCAGUUGUAGAUGGAUUGUAUUACGGGUUUGUAAUUGUUUUAAGUAGUAUAGUUGGGUAUA